AUGCAGGUGCAGGACUUCCUGUUGCGGUCACAGGGGGACGUGGGUAACUCCAGUCACGGGGUGCGGCUCCGGCAGGCCUGCGCCCUAUUCGUCCAGAGCGGCGUCCAGCUACUUCCUGUUUUUACCCAGCAUGCAGCAGCCUUGGGCAACAACAGUCUGGUGCGAGCCAACUUCAGCCAGCCCAACCACAGCCGAAGACAGCUGCAACAGUGGGGACGAAACCAUGGCACCGGCGAGCCGCUCCAAUCCGGUGGCAGCGGGGAGCUGUUUGGGUCUGGCGAGGCCCAGGAAGAGACCUCGGGGUGGGGCCAGCGGCUGCAGAUGGCCCUGGUCAACACUGUGAACUUCCAGGGAGUGUGGCAGAAGCAGUUCCUUUUCACGGACACCCAGAACCUUCCCUUCACCCUGUCGGACGGCAGCACCAUCAAGGUGCCCAUGAUGUACCAGGCCACAGAGGUCAACUUUGGUAAGUGAGAAGAGACAACGGCAAUAUUUUUCUGUCUGUCUCUCCUUUUGGCCGUGGUUGAACUUCUCGGUUCAUCACUCACAGGCAAACCAUGAAGGCACCACACCACAUUUAGCCUAAUGUUACAGUUGGAGUUUUGAUUCGUACUUAUAGUAAUCUAGAUCAUUUUACAAGACAUUGUAAAGUAUACGUGUUUAGUGCCUCUGCAUCGCUUGCUCUCUGGGGGGGUUCUAGGCUGGGUAUCUGUAAAACACUUGUGUGACACCUGCUGAUGUUAAAAGGGUGAUUGAUUAUUUAAGCCGUCCCUCCCUCUGUUCCCCUUCUAUGUGCAGGUCAGUUCCGCACCGUGUCAGACCAGCGCUACACGGUCUUGGAGCUGCCGUACCUGGGCCGCUCCCUCAGUCUUCUGGUGGCUCUGCCCAGUGACAGGAAGACACCUCUGUCCUCGCUGGAAUCCCAGAUAACCCCGCGCGCUGUGGCCAGCUGGGACACUGGCCUACGCAGAACCAAGAUGGAUGUUUUCCUCCCCAGGUAGCCUACACAUCUCAACGUGUAUUUAUUUUAAACAUUUAUUAUACCAGGUUAGUCUUGACUGACCUAUAACGUUUCCUAGCCCAAAGUGGCUUCCUUUCCCUGUAUCCUAACGGUUUCUGCUAAGAGGGAUGCUUGGGACGACCCCAACUCUGACAUCACCCCAUUGAAGUUUACAUUUAAAAUGGUUAGGGUUAGGUAAGUGUUAUGGUUUAGGGUAGGGUCAUCCCAAGGAUCCCAAAAGCAUUUACCGUGUCCUAAUCUCCAUGACGACUGAUCUAGCAUGGCCAAACAGGUGAAUUGGUAAUGCACUUGCACUCAUUUACAUGGCUUUUACUAACAGGUUUAAAAUGCAGAACAGGUUCAACCUGAGGUUGGUUCUGCCGUCAAUGGGGGUCAGUGACGCCUUCAACCCAAUGGCAGCAGACUUCACUGGCAUCUCAGGUAAAGAACACUCACUCAACUGCUAUAUCCAGGUUUAAUAUGAGAUCAGGGUUGGGGUCAAUUCCAUUUCAAUUCCAGUCAAGUACACUGAAAUCCCAAUUCUAUUCAAUGAGGAACAAUUGGAAUUUGGUUUACUUUCUGAAUUGACUGAAUUUACCCCAAACCCUGUAUGAGAUCCAUGUCAUCCUCAGUACUCUGCAUACGACUGUCCAGUACUCAAGCAUUGCGUUGUUCUCUCUCCACAGCGGAGGAGGGCCUGUACGUGUCUGAUGCCUUUCAUGAGGCCAGGAUAGAGGUAACAGAGGAUGGGACCAAGGCCGCUGCGGCCACAGCUAUGGUGCUACUCAAACGCUCCCGCGCUCCCGUCUUCAAAGCAGACCGACCUUUCUUCUUCCUCUUGAGACAAGUCAGCACAGGUAGGCCUACAAUGCAAACAUUAACAGAUGGCUUACAUAUGCAGUAAGGCACGAGGGGGUGUGGUAUAUUGGCCAUAUACCACAAACCCCCGAGGUGCCUUAUCACUAUUAUAAACUGGUUACCAACGUAAUUAAAAAACAGUAAAAAAAAUAAUAAUGUUGGUCAUACCUGUGGUAUACGGUCUGAUAUUCCACAGCUUUCAGCCAAUCGGCAUUCAGGACUCAAAACAACCCAGUUUAACACACUGUGGCUGCGUUUACACAGGCAGCCCAAUUCUGAUCUUUUGCCACCAAUUUUUUGUUGUUGUCGUUGACCAAAUCAGAUCAGCGGCAGAAGAUCAGAAUUGGGCUGCCCGUGUAAACGCAGCCUCAGUUGGUGCGUUGUAUUGCCGGUACAGCAUCACCUUGUUAGUUUGGGCUUCUAUUCAUCAUUCUAUUCGUCAUCCCUCUCUCUCUCUCUCUCUCCAGGAUCUGUUCUAUUCAUGGGGCGUGUGGUGA